GCUGUUUGAGGUCAUGUUUGUGAUGUAUACAGAAACCUUAAGAAGCAUGAGGGCAGAAGUGUCAGUUAGCAGUAUUUUGACAAAGAAGAGCUAACCCCACCUACAACAACUUAUACCCUAUAAAUACACAACCUCAGCUGAAUGCAUGCAUUUGGCUUUCAGAUGAAGGUUCUCUUUUGAAUGUACUUUUGUUCAAAAAUUAAAAAGAAUGGUGUCUCAAGGAGUUCAGUUCAUUGCCAUUCUCGCAGGCUUCUUGGGGUGUUUGGGAACCAUCGUUGUGUGCUGCCUACCUCAGUGGAGCGUAACCGCGUUCAUUGGUGCAAACAUUGUGACAGCGCAGAUAAUCUGGGAAGGAAUUUGGAUGACUUGUGCAGUGCAGAGCACCGGGCAGAUGCAGUGCAAGAUGUAUGACUCCAUGCUGGCACUCAGCGCAGACCUGCAGGCCGCCAGAGCAAUGACCAUUAUCUCCAUUUUGGCUGGUAUCAUUGGAAUCAUGAUGUCCAUCGCUGGUGGGAAGUGCACCAACUGCAUUGAGGACACACGGGCUAAAUCGAUGGCAUGCAUCGUGGCUGGAGUGUCAUUUAUAAUUGCAGGUGUGCUCUGUUUGAUCCCUGUAUCCUGGACAGCUCAAAGGAUCAUCACAGAUUUUUAUAAUCCCAUAUUGAUGGAUGCACAGCGAAGGGAAUUGGGGACUUCCUUCUUCAAAAUGGGGAGAAUUGCCAAGGAGGUGUGGGGCCAAAUACUGUGCUUCAUCGGAUUGAUUGGCUUGUGCCUAACGUGUGGCCUACCCAUGUGGCGUACAACCUAUUUCAUCGGUGCCAACAUCGUGACAGGCCAGAUUGUCUGGGACGGGCUGUGGAUGAACUGUGUGAUGCAGAGUACGGGUCAGAUGCAGUGCAAGAUCCAGUCGUCCGUCAUGAGUCUGACGCAGGACCUGCAGGCGGCGCAAGCCCUCAUAGUCAUCGCCAUUUUGAUUGCUUUUGCUGGCAUACUCAUGACAUUUAUUGGUGCACGAUGUACCAGUUGCUUGAAGAAUGAGUCCACCAUGGCCAAAUUGGUCAUUUGUGGAGGUGUCCUGUGUAUUGUGGCUGCUGUUGUGUGCCUCAUUCCUGUCUGCUGGUCAGCGGCAUUCACAAUCACUGAUUACAGCAAUGUUCUCGUACCUACAUCGCAGAAAAGGGAGAUAGGUGGUUCCGUAUACAUCGGCUGGGGAACUUCAUUCGUUCUUCUUCUUGGAGGGAUCAUUUUGUGCACCUCUUGUCCACCAAAUGAUAUGCAGCAGAAUAACCCGAAUACGUAUCCCUACCAAGGGCCUUUCUUGGGACCGGCUGGACACUACAUGCCUCCAAAAACAUAUCCACCCAGCGUUACAUAUUCUGGAACAUACGUUCCGGGUAAACCAUAUGUGACUCCGAGCACUUACUCAGCCGUUCCAAGGCAAUACAUGUAAGCAAACAAAUGUGGAUAUACACUCCUACUUUAAAUCCUCAAGUCACUGCUCUUUGAUUUGUCUUAAGUGAUAUCUGUUUCUCCAAGUGAAUGUUUGAACUUAACUGAAUGUGUACACUUGCCAGUGUUCAAACUGUAAAAAGAAGCUUUGUUGUCUUAUAAUGUUCAUUUCCAACCUUUAAGAGUCUUGUGUAAACCUGUUUAGCAACUUUCAUUAAUUAUUUUUAUACUUUGCCUGAAUAAAUGGUUAACUUUAUUUUGAAUGUUGUGUAAAAAUAUAAAUCAAAUGUAAAAAAAAAUUUAAAAAAUUUUAAAAACAAGGGAAAAAAAACUUUGUUGAUAGUCAGAAUCUACUGUAAUAAAGGUUAAAUAUCUCAUGUAUAAAUAUUGGUAUAUUGGUUUAACCAGAAAGCCAAGAUUUUGCUCUUUUAUAGCAAUGUAUAAAACUCAGAAUGUGGUCAUAUGACUCCAAAAUAACCGAGUAGGUCACAAAUAGUUGGUUUAUAGAUACCAUUCUGCACUAUUUGUGUUAAACUGUCAUUACACACUUCUCAUUUUAGAUAACCAAAAUAAAGGGCCGUCAUGUCUCAGCCUUUCAGAAUUCCUUGUAAAUAAACGCAUUUCUCUUAUGACAA